AUGGCAGGCUGGGGAGGCUUCUUCGUUUCUCUCCUCAACUACAAGACAGAGAAAUAUGUCAUCGCCGAAAACAGGAAAAUCGGAAUAUUAUUUAGGCUCUAUCAGCUGGCCGUGCUGGGAUACAUAAUCGGAUGGGUGUUUGUGGUGAAGAAAGGUUACCAGGAGAGAGAAGAGGCCAUCCAGACGUCUGUCAUCACCAAGCUUAAAGGCGUUACACUGACCAACAGCUCUGAGACAGGGCUUCACCUGUGGAGUGCUGAGGAUUACGUCAUACCCCCUAAUGGCGAGCAGGUGUUCUUCAUUGUAACAAAUUACAUAGAGACCCCCAAUCAGAGGCUGCGGCUCUGUGCUGAGAGUUUCAAGGUGCUAAAUGGACGAUGUCAAAGUGACGAUGACUGCAUGAUGGGGGAGAGUGUAAUAGCUGGCCAUGGAAUCAAGACCGGGUUGUGUUUAAACAGCACUGGGACCUGUGAGAUUCAUGCCUGGUGUCCUGUUGAAUACAACAAGAGACCCACAGAGCCCUUACUGAGUGAAGCAGAAAACUUCACCAUCUACAUCAAGAAUUUCAUCAGGUUUCCAAAGUUUGAAUUCUCCAAGUCCAACGUCCUUGAAACUUCUGACGACAGAUACCUGAAAAGAUGCUCCUACGACAGAGAGAACCAUCCGUACUGCCCGAUCUUCCGCCUCGGAGAUCUGGUCAGCUGGACUGGACAUGACUUCCAGGACAUGGCCAUUAAGGGUGGGUCUGUUGGUAUUCUUAUUGAGUGGAACUGUGACCUGGAUAAGGACUCCUCCCAGUGUAAUCCACGCUACAGCUUUACCCGUUUGGACAUGAACUUGAACAGCUCGGUCACAUCAGGAUACAACUUCAGAUAUGCCAGGUAUUAUAAGGAUCAAAAUGGGGAAACCUAUCGCACUUUGUACAAAGUGUAUGGGAUUCGCUUUGAUAUAAUGAUCAAUGGCCAGGCUGGGAAAUUCAGUAUUGUUCCAACAAUAAUUGCCAUUGGUUCGGGCGUUGCCCUUCUGGGUGCAGGAGCCUUUGCAUGUGAUAUGAUACUACUGUACUUGAUGAAUACAAGCUCCUUCUACAGAGAGAGGAAGUUUGAAAUCAUCAACUUCAAGAAAGACCAAACCAAACCCAAGGAUGGGAAGGCGGGACACCGGGAAAGGAGAUCCAGGAAACCAGCUGCAGAAAAAGGGGCUGCCAACUCCAUUAAAAACCCAGAGGAGACUGACCCCACUAUGGGGUCUUCUGCCACUGCAGAGAGCCAGCUGCCUGUGGGCAAACGGUGUCCCACCAUUCCACGCAACACAGGACAGCGAUACUCUGCCAUUCAUGCUCCCCAAGGUGCAGAGCCACGGCAUAUCACUUUCUCCACGCACAAUUAGGUUUGCAGGCAGAGCAAGACACAUCACCUCUAGUGGUCUCGGUUAUGUUGCAAGAGGUUGAACCAAAAGUUGGACUGAUGUCCACUUCUCACCUGCUGGCAUGGCUGCUGGCAUGCCACUAGCUUGCGUGAUGCUUGCCCUGACUUAAGACGUGUUGGUCCAGAGAAAUAUUACAUAGUUAAGUUCUGCACUGUGCAAGAGAGCCAGGAUGCUGAUAUGAAAUACACAGGAAGGUGGUUUUCAGUGGCUGGGUCAGAAUCCAAAGGUAGUAUAUGGGAGAUUACAAGAGGUCCAUAAAUAAUAAUUCUAGACAUUGGUGUUACAAUUGACCUACAUUUUCUUGCAAUGUUAACAAAAUUGAAAAAAUAAUUUGUGUAUCCAUCCUGUGAUUCUAAUCAACUCCAAUGGCUUCUUCCUUGGUUGGCCUAUUCAGCUGUAAUCAGAAACAUGACCUCCUUGGUAGAGGAUGCAAAAGUACUGUGAUAAUGCUGCGGCAGAGUGAUAUAAAAUGGUUCAUCUAAGACUUUUAGGGAAUUACCAAACAUUUGCCGGUUACUAGUUUACAAAUGCAAAUAAUUGUCUCUGUAGUUUUCAGCAGUUGGUCAGACUAACUGAGCAUCAUUUCCCAUUCGAGUAAUAUGAGCUUUAGUCUUUAUUUUUUGUCAUUUUAAGUCCUAAGUUAUAAAAAUCACAGCAAAAAAUUGUAGAUAUGAUAGGUUAAUUGAAAAAAAAAAAGAAAAACAAAAACAAAGCAGCCCUUCAAAUUAUGCCAAAUGUUCAUGAUGUUCACCUCCAAUAUAAACUUGGAUUAGGUCAAAUAAACAUUGUAAACCAUUAAAUAAAACUUAAAUUCUUUCAGCUAAAUCAGUCUGCAAAAUACCUUCUAAUUUCAAUGUCAGUCAUGAGAGAAACGAUUUUGUAAACAUGGAUUCAAACAAUGUGUUAAAAAACUGCACUUGGAAGCAGUAUGUACGAAAAUGUGUGGACAGUCUUAACUGUUGGGAUUUCAGCUGGAUGCAUCAUGUACCUGGUGUUGUGAGUGUACAGUUAAACACUGCCGAUAUGUGUCCUCCUUUAUGUUGAGCUGGCUGUGCUCAACAUAAAGGAGGCCAUGCAAAAACAAUGUAAUGUAUCUGUGAAGCUGUGGAAUGCAGUCGUGAUGUACUACGAGUCUACUGAGUGGACAAGUUCACUGCUGACGUACUGGCUGUUCGUUCAUGAAUGAAUGAAGACGUUGGAAGUGCACGGACUCCUGUUUGUUCUUCCUGUUUCUAUUUAUUGAAUGGUCUUUAUUGUUGAAACAAAUGUACUUGUCAUUUUGAUUUCACAAUGUCAACUGCCUA